AGAUGGACAGCAGGCAAUUGCAAAAAUGAUAGAACUCAAUUGAAAGCAGCUAAAUACUAUGUAAUAUGGCCAACAGCUUUCACUCAUUGCUCCCAUAUCUAAAAGUUGAUUGAUUCUUAGAAUCUUAUCUUUUACAUGAGGAAUAUAUACUGUGCCCACUUCCGUUGAUGAAUGGAACUCGUGAUUCUGUUCAAUCUCCCUUCUCCAACCCUCCAUUAAAUAAUAGCCUGCAACCUGCUUUGUUUCUUGUAGUGUUCUAAUCAUUUUGGCUUUCCUCUUCUACAAUUCUAAAAUCACGCAAAUGGCAUCCAAGAGAAUACUGAAGGAGCUCAAGGACUUACAGAGAGAUCCACCAACUUCAUGCAGUGCAGGACCUGUGGGUGAGGACAUGUUCCAUUGGCAAGCAACCAUCAUUGGUCCAAAUGACAGUCCCUAUGCUGGUGGUGUUUUCCUUGUGACCAUCCAUUUCCCUCCCGAUUAUCCCUUCAAACCUCCCAAGGUUGCAUUCAGGACCAAGGUUUUCCAUCCCAACAUUAACAGCAAUGGCAAUAUUUGCCUGGACAUACUCAAAGAACAAUGGAGUCCUGCUCUCACCAUAUCCAAGGUGCUGCUCUCUAUAUGUUCUUUGCUAACGGAUCCAAAUCCUGAUGACCCUUUGGUGCCUGAAAUUGCUCAUAUGUGCAAGACCGACAAAGUCAAGUAUGAGUCCACUGCUAGAAGCUGGACCCAGAAGUAUGCCAUGGGCUAAAACUCGAUCUCUGCCCUCUUGUCCCCUCCAAUACGUUUUGGAAUUGUCUCUUUUUGCUCUUCAAAAACCUUCCCUUUUAUAGUAUUAUAUAUUAAUAUGUAGAUAUGACCAUGAAGUUUGGGCAUAUUAUUGAACAACUUGCAUACACAUGAGAAUUGUUCUCAAAGGCUUUACCUUUGUGAUUCGAGCUUGCUCUAUAUGAAUAAAUGCUACUCUCAUUUAGAGCUUUUCAAAUAUUCCCAUUAAAAAAGUAACCAAGAAGACUGAAUUAUUGUCCA